GGCUCCGGCCGCCGCAAGCACACGAUGCUCCCGGCCGCCGCCGCACGACCCUGCCUUUUCUCCCCAGCGCCACCGAACCCCACAGCUCGGGCGGUGCCCCUCCUCCCUCGUAGCUCCACCGCCACGCCGCCCAAACCGGUCCGGCUCCUCCGGCCUCUCCGAGCCACUGGCGCCGGCGCCGGCGCCGGUCCGCCGGGAGCGUCCUCGCGCCCGGCGAGGGACCGCGUGAUCGACUUCGGCAAGUACAAGGGCCAGAUGCUGGGCACGCUGCCGCCUGCCUACCUCCGGUGGGUCGUGGCGGAGCUCGACUACGGGGACACGGCGCGCUGGGCGCGGCUGGCGCGGGACGUGCUGGACGACCCCGUCUACGUCGACCGCGUCGAGUGGGAGCACGCGCACCGCUUCCUCCGCGGCGACUCCAAGUACGACUACGUCUACGACGACGCCCAGGACGGCAGCGACGGGCCGCUCCAGGAGAUGGCCGAGCGCUUCGGCUGGGACCUCUCCGACGAGGACGGAUGGAGCCGCCUCGACUAUCGCCUCCUCGGCACCUCCUACGGCGGCCGCAUCCCAAGAAAGGCCGACCGGACCCAGAGCAGCGGCGGCGCCCUGUUCGACACAGAUGCGGCGGCUGGCCCGGACGGGGACGGGCCGAGGGGGAAGAGGGACGAGAGGAGGGAGCGGAUGCGGAUGAGGAGGGAUGAGCAGGUGAGGACGGCCAAGAUGGGCAUUCUUGGGGUGAGCCCCGGCGCGAAGGACGCCGGCGCUCUGGGGACGCCGAGGAAGGCCCGCAUUGGAGCGGCGGCGAAGAAGGACAUCCUGGGGCUGGGCAGGGGCAGCCGCGGCGGCGACGUGCUCCGCGAGAGGGCUGUGCCACCGGGGAAAGACGGCGAGGGAGGGAGCCCGUUCCCCGGCCGGCAGGCGUUCCUGGACAAAGUCAGGAAGCUCAAGGGCGAUGAUAGCUAGCAGCACUGGCAGCUAGGUGAUUUCGUCAAAAAUAAAACUGUUGCUGGGAUUGCUGAAAUUCUUUGGCCUUCAGAUUGUGACCAUGGAUCAUGGCAUCGUGCAAUUCGUGAUUGUGCGUCGCUUUGCCCGUG